UGACCCCUCCCUGGGCCCAUUGGCAGGGUGCCCCCGGCCAGUGCUGCCUGGUCUCUGGCAGCCUCCGCUCCUGGCACCACAUCUCCUCAUCCGCACUCUCCCUGGGUGAGCGCCAGGGCCAGGCUCCCACUGGUGCCACCUGGCUGGGGCCCCAUGCCCUGUCCGAGGGGGGGGUGGUCCUAGGGAGGCUGCGCCCCUUUUCCAGCAGGUUCAGUCUGGUUGGAGGCCAGGCCAGGCCCCCCGAGGGCAGGAGCGAGCAGACCAGGCCUGGCGCAGGCAGCAGCCCCUCCCCCACCCUGCCCGGGGCCCUAUUCAUGCAGCCCUUUGAGCUGCAAAGAAUCCAGCUGCUUCCAGCUUCUGUCACGCGGCUCUCCCCUGCCCGCGGCAGGGCCCAGACCCGGCUCAUCCCCACAUGAUGCAUCUCCUGGGCAGACGCCUGGCCUGGCAGCCCCGGUCCCUGACCCGCUACCCCCUGGCGCAGCUGGCCCCGUACCCCCUGCGACGGGCGGUUCGGGGCAUGGUGCUGCCGGGGCCCCUCCCCAAGGGUCCUGUGGGGCUGAAUCGCAGCUUCUGGCUGUUGGACGUCCUGCGGGAGUGCGCCUACCUCCUGCUAUGCUGCUGGUGCAUCAAGGAACUGCUGGACUAGCCCCCCGCCCCCUCGUGUGCCGUGCUGCCGGGUGCUUGUCCUCCCAGCCCCUCCGCAGGGCUGGACCCACUGGCUGCACUCUGGGAUCGCCUGACCCCUUGCUGCUUGGGGGGCCUGGAGCGGAUGGAGCUCCCACCAGAGGGACCCUUUGGGACGCCCUGAGCCUGUAGGAGCUGGAAUCCCGGCUCGCCAGCCCCGACAGGACGGGAAUGGGACUUGACGGUGGAUGCCUGGCCCCCGGCCCUGCGCUCCCCAAUAAACCUGAGCAAUGCGUGACCGCUCCGAGUGCUGACUGUGUGUGGGCUGGGGGUGCCUCUGACUGGGGCUGGGCCCCAGGUGGCUCCAUCCGCCUGCUUCAGCUGCCCUGAUACCAGGCCCAAUGCACCUUCCAAACAUCUACCCCGGCUGGGCCUGGGAGCUGGUGGGGGGAAGGGGGGCAGGGCCCACGGCGGCCAAGUCUCUGGGCCGAGUUUCCUGCAAAGCUCCUGCUGUUUAUCCAACUUUUCCUUCCUGUGUUUGGGACAUUAUCAGCGUGGUCCCAGCCCCCUCCCCCAGCCAGCCCCCACUUGGGCGGGCAGGAGUCCCUCGCCCAGCACACUGGGCCGCUGCUCAGAGUGAAGCUGGCAUGGGCAAGGAAACGAGGAAUGACCUGGGACGGGGGCUCUGCACAGCUCACAGGGGGCCAAAUGCCCUGGGCCAGGACAUGGCUCGACCCCCAGAGGGAGCAUCUGUCCCCCCUCUGCCAUGGAGCCCCGGCGCUGGGCAGGGGAUGGGCCCCUGGGCCUGAGCACCAGGAUGUCGGGGUUCUUGUGCCAGCCCAGGGGUACCACAACUGGCAUCGGAACCCCCCACUGCCUCCCGCAGCACCGGGGGCCCCGGGAGGGCUCGGGCAGGGCCGUGCUGUAGCACCUUUGUCUGAGGGUCCCAGGAGUCCUGGUUCCCAGGCUACCCCUGCUCUAACUGCUAGCCCUUAUGCUCUUUCCAGACACAGGGAUAGAACCCAGGAUUCCUGGCUCCCAGCCCCCACUGCUCUCACCACUAGCCCCUGCUGCCAGUCCUCCCCUCCCCUCCCUUUAUCUGGCUGUGACUCAGUUCCUUGUUUAGAGAGCUGCUUUCUCGGCCUGUCUCCACUCCAGGCUGUUUCCUGUCGCCUGCCCCCCAAAGAUCCCGCCCGUGGCUCUGCCAAGAGCCGGGGGAAGCUGCAGAGGCGGGAAUGCACCCAGCGGGCCAGACUGGCUGGAGCUCCGGCAAAGGUCACAGACCGACCGGCCACUGACCGGCAGCUUGGCGUGCACCAGGCCCUGCAGGGCCUCCCCGGCCCGGGGCAUCCCAGCCUGGGCCUGGCAAUGCAGGCGCCUGGGGGGGCCCAGGGGGAAGGCUGGGGGUGGGGCCUGGGUCCCCCCAGAGACCCUGGCUGCGCCAUGCCGCCCGCCCCAGCAGAGGGGCUGCCCCUGGCACUGUCCCGGCACCGGCGGGGACCCGCUGUGCGGAGGCUCCGCAGGGCCUGGGCCCGGAGCAGAGUUGAGUGGCUGGCGCCAGCGAAACCUCCCUUAUCUCAGUGGGAAGUUGGGAGCAGGAAGCCCGGCUGAAAGUGGGAUAAGGGCCCGUUUACAUUAACCGCCUUUCCAUGGAAUUUGCUCCCACCCUCUUAAAGGGCCAACCCCCCAGCGUCAGCCUCGGGGAGCCCCCUCCCCACAGCCUGAGCCAGGGCCCUGGGCGCAGAGCUGGGGGGGCGAGGGGGAGCAGAGA